AGCGUACAUUACCGUGGUAGACCCGCAACCGUUUUGCAAAUGUUAAGAGCCAUCUCCCGCGUCUUCUCGAGAGCGAGCGGACAGAGAAAGAUAGAGAGAAUGGUGACGCUUGUGGUGGCAACGACCGUCGAUCCAGCUUCCAUUGGCCCGGCUUCGGCGCUCUUAGCUAUGCCCGGCUGGCAUCCAGGCCCCCCAGUGCAGGACAUACCGAGUUUUGUAAAUGGAGAGGUGAGGCUAUUAAAGCAUGAUAGCAGUAUCGUGGCGGAGGAUAAUCUGGAUAAACGAUGGGAGGAUACGACUGGGGAGGUUGUGGAUGAAGUUAUAUUUCUUAGCAGGCACACCGCAGUUUCGAAUCGCCCUGCACUCACGGUUCAUCCAAUUGGUGUACCCCAUUUAUCUGAAGAUGAGCUUCCGCCUGCUGGUGGAAAGCCUGGGUGGGCAGGACCACCGAGUCCACGGAUAGGACCAUGGUUGAGGCUCUUGAAGAAAAUUGCUGAAACACAUAAUCUGACUCCUGAAUUUGAGGUUACAUUAGAGGCAACUCAUCAUGGACCUCUAGUUAAUACUCCUACCAUGUUUGUAGAGAUUGGUAGCACGGAAGAGUAUUGGAAGAGGCAGGAUGCUGCUCAGGCUGUAGCUCUAUUAUUGUGGGAAGGCCUUGGACUAGCAGGUGGUGAUGGUGUAGGAAAUUGGCACAGGAAUAGUGAGAGAAAUAAAGUCCUACUUGGACUUGGAGGUGGUCAUUAUGCACCCAGGCACAUGGACAUUGUUCUGAAAGAUGGUGUUUGGGUGGGCCACCUGCUGUCUGGGUAUUCAUUGCCAAUGGAAGAUCCGAGCAAACAGAAAACAGAAAAUCGGGCUGUUGGAAUCGGGGGAACAUGGAAGCAAGCAAUCAAAGCUUCAUUUGAGGCUACCAAAGUAGCUUUUCCAGGAGGAGAAAUUCUCGCACACUUGGAUCACAAGAGUUUCAAGAGCUGGCAGAAAAAUGCCAUCACAAGCUUCCUAGCUGAAGAAAAUAUAAAGGUUGGCAAGCCAGAGGACUUCUUCUAAUACAACUGUAACGAGUGCCAGAUGCUGAUUAUUUAGGCUGUGUUUGGAUGCACACGUGAAUUGAAUUGCAAAUGUUCAGUUUAAUCAAGAGGGAAUGACAAAAGAUGCUAUUCGCAAUGAGGACGUGCUUUAGUAUCCCUCUGCCAUUGACUUCUUUUGAGUCCAACUUCAAAGAAAUGUCAUCACAAUUUAGAGUCAGAUUGGAUCCUCAAUACUAAUGCUGAGGAAAUCAUUAUUUUAGUUAUUUAGAGUCAGACCCUCAACAGAGUAAUAAUUGCAAUUCAAUUUGAUAGUGCAUCCAAACACACCCUCUGCAUUUUCCUUUUUCUUUGUAAUGCAAUCAUGCAUGGGUUUGAGCCCAUAUGCAUUUCUACAUUGAGGUCUUGGGUUCAAGCCUUGGUUACCUAUAAGAAAAAAAUGUAAUAGGCACAUGCAUUGCACGUGCGAAUGAUGUUACUCUAAUUAAUUAUUAUUAAUAUUAAAUAUAAAACGAUGAUACCCUUUGUGUUA